UCCUCCAAUCAACGGUUCAAAUUCUAAGGCCAUGACUGAUAUUUCCACUUGAGCAAGAGAAUACAAUGUGUUUACUACUACUAUCCAAAUUUAGCCUGUCUUUUUUGUUGAUUUUUUCCCUUUUGUUUUUAUUAUUCUUAAAUACAAAAUAAUACUUCAAUAAAAAAAAUUAGUGAAAAUAAUUUGUUAGAAAAAUUAUUUUUUUGUGUUGGGAAAUUCCGAAUAUCAAUGACUGAUCACUGAAAGAGUGGGAGUGUUGAAUAGGAUGCAGAAGGAGAAACUUCGGGAAGUGUGAUUUGAAGAGAGAGAAAGAAGAAGAGAUAGAAAGCUUCAUCAAAGAAGAAAAGAAAAAGGAGGGAGGGAGGCAUCCAUGGAAGUUCCUGGUUUACAAACACAAAGACCUGUUUGGUGCAGACAAAGUUUUAUUAUUACUAGGCAAAAUACCCAUUUGAAUUUCAGACCUUUUACUGGUUUACUCCCUUGUAAAUCACCCACUAGAUCUUUCCCAUCUUAUUCUAGGCAACUACAGUACUCAAGAAAUGGAAUUUUCCGUCCGUGUUCUGCUGCUACUGGAGAUUUCUCAAAGAAGAAACAGAAAAAAUGGUCAAGGUCAAAAGGCGCUACACAAAAAGGAGCUGUUCCGAAGGGUCCGGUUGGGAUUAGCUUACAAAAGAGGAAUAAAAAAAAUGAAGAAGACAGUAGUUCUUCAGUUACAUCGUCUCCUGAGCUUGAUAGAACAUCAUCUGAUGUAGGAUCUAGUAGUGCUGAGAAAACCGAGAUUCCGGAAGUUUCUCAAGUAAAAGAAAUUGAAGAUCAAAGGGAGGAGGGUGCAACUAAUGGAAAAGUUGGAAGUUCAUCUAUGACCAAGAAAGCAGUAACUGUUGGCAGUAAAAAUCUACUGAAAGAAAUCGAAAGUGUUAGAGGGUUUAUCGGGGAAGGGAGAAGCAGUGUGAGUGCUGUAAUUGAUGCAACUGGAUUAGAAGCCGAGAGUCCCGAGAGUGAGGGUAAUCAAGGAAAUUCUACUGGAAGUACUGAAAGAAUAGUUUCUGGUACUGGAACAAGUGACGAGGAGGAAAAAAAGGAUAAAUUGAUAGAAAAUAAUGAAGCUUUAGAUUUAGAUAGAGGGGGUUCUGAUAUUAUUGAGGAGGACAUGGCUUCAGAAAAUAAGCAAGGAAAUGAAGAUGACUACGUGGUUGAAACGAAUGUGUUGGUAUCAGAAAAUAAGCAAGGAAAUGAAGAAGAUGACUACGUGGCUGAAACUAAUGUGUUCGUGUCAGAAAAUAAUGAAAUUUCUGAUGCAACCCCUUACGAGAAAAAAGUGACGGAUAUAGUUAGUGUUCAGGAGAAUGUGUCUUUGAUGAGUUACCCAAGUGACGAAUCUGACAAGAAUGUUACUGAGACUGAAGUAGUCCUGGGAACUGAAACAAUCUCUAGCAAUGAGAGGGAAACCGGAGAGUUAGAUAGUACAGAAUCUAAUGAUGGGAGUGUUACUGAAACCGAGGUGUUGAGUUCAACCAUUGAUGAGAAGAAAUCGGAGGAGGAUUUGCAAAAAUUGCAGUUGGAGAGGGAAGUGCUUGUACGGAAACAAGUACUUGAGGAAAUGGCUGAGGAUAAUUUUUCCAAAGGUAACAAAGUUUUUAUUUAUCCGGAGAUAGUAAAGCCUGAUCAGGAAAUAGAGCUCUUCCUUAACCGAAGUCUUUCCCCUCUGAAAAACGAACCGGAUGUGAUGGUUAUGGGGGCGUUUAACGAUUGGAGAUGGAAAUCAUUUACAACCAGACUUCAAAAGAACCAUCUAAAAGGUGAUUGGUGGUCGUGUAAGAUUCAUGUUCCCAAGGAAGCGUACAAGAUAGAGUUUAUAUUCUUUAAUGGACAAGAUGUUUAUGACAAUAAUGACAAGAAAGAUUUCCACAUAAUUGUGGAAGGAGGCAUGGAUAUGGAUACUUUUGAAGAUUUCUUACUUGAAGAGAAACGUAGAGAACAAGAUGAACUGGAAAAGAUGCAAGCUGAGAGGGAGAGACAAGCAGAAGAGCAGAAGCGAAGGGAGGAAGAGAGGGCUGCUAGCGAAGCUGAUCGAGCACAAGCAAAGGCUGAUGUGGAGAAACGAAAAGAGAAACUGAGAGAAUUGGUGAAGAAUGCCGUGUCAUCCUUGGAAAAUGUUUGGUAUUUCGAACCUCGUGAGUUUAAAGACGGUGAUUUGGUUCGCUUGUAUUAUAACAAGAGCUCCGGUCCUCUUGCUCGUGCAAAUGAUGUUUGGAUUCACGGGGGUCAUGAUAAUUGGAGUUAUGGACUCUCAGUUGUUGCGGGGCUAGUGAAAUCUGAGGAGAAAGGUGCUGACUGGUGGUGUGCUGAAGUUACUGUGCCUGAUCAAGCAGUGGUCUUGGACUGGGUUUUUGCCGAUGGGCCGCCCCAGAAUGCUUCCAUAUACGACAACAAUAAGCGCCAGGAUUUCCAUGCUGUUGUACCCAAGGCUGUGCCUGACGAACUCUACUGGGCUGAAGAAGAACUGCGGAUAUACCAGAGACUUCAGGAGGAUAGGAGAUUAAAAGAGGAGUCAAUACGUGCCAAGGCUGAGAAAACAGCUCGCAUGAAGGCUGAAACUAAAGAAAGGACUUUGAAGACCUUCUUGCUGUCUCAGAGGCACAUAGUUUACACUGAUCCUGUGGAUGUAAAAGCAGGAGAAGAAGUUACUGUGUAUUACAAUCCCUCUAACACUGUUCUGAACGGGAAGCCAGAAGUUUGGUUUAGAGGUUCCUUUAAUCAAUGGACACAUCGCAGAGGCCCUUUGCUUCCUCAGAAAAUGUUUCCUGCAGAGAAUGGUACUCAUGUCAAAACAACUGUCAAGGUGCCACUGGAUGCAUACAUGAUGGAUUUUGUUUUCUCUGAUCGGGAAGAUGGUGGAACUUUCGACAAUAAAAAUGGAAUGGAUUACCAUGUACCUGUCUUUGGCGGGGUAGCCAAAGAGCCUCCUAUGCAUAUAGUUCAUAUAGCUGUUGAAAUGGCUCCUAUUGCCAAGGUGGGUGGUCUUGGAGAUGUUGUUACUAGCUUGUCUCGUGCUGUUCAAGAUUUAAACCACCAUGUUGAUGUAGUUCUUCCAAAGUAUGAAUGCGUGAACCUUAACCAUGUGAAGGACUUCCAUCAUGCAAAGAGCUAUUCAUGGGGUGGUACUGAGAUAAAAGUUUGGUUUGGAAAGGUUGAAGGCCUUUCUGUCCACUUUUUGGAGCCUCUAAAUGGAUUAUUCCGGACUGGUUCUGUCUAUAUUGGUAAAAAUGAUGGUGACAGAUUUGGCUUCUUUUGCCACGCUGCGCUAGAAUAUCUACUCCAAAGUGGAUUUCAUCCUGAUAUAAUCCAUUGCCAUGAUUGGUCAAGUGCUCCAGUGGCAUGGCUGUACAAAGAGCAUUAUGGACAGUAUGGUCUUACUAAUGCUCGUGUUGUUUUCACUAUUCAUAAUCUUGAGUUUGGGGCAUACUUCAUUGGAAGAGCAAUGGCGUAUGCAGACAAGGCUACAACUGUUUCGAAUACCUAUGCAAAGGAGGUUGCUGGAAAUCCGUCAAUUGCUCCUCACAUGUACAAAUUUCACGGUAUAUUGAACGGGAUCGAUCCAGAUAUAUGGGAUCCAUUCAAUGAUAAGUUCAUCCCAGUACCUUACACAUCGGAAAACGUCGUAGAAGGAAAAAGAGCAGCCAAGGAAGCCUUACAACAAAGGCUUACCAUAAAGAAAGGUGAUUUCCCAUUAGUGGGAAUAAUUACUCGCUUAACCCAUCAAAAAGGAAUCCAUCUCAUCAAGCACGCCAUUUGGCGUACGAUAGAGCGUGGUGGACAGGUUGUGUUGCUGGGUUCUGCUCCAGACCCGCGCAUACAGCAAGAAUUUGUGGAUGUUGCAAAUCAAUUGCAUAAUAUGCAUCAUGACCGUGCUCGCCUUUGUUUGAAUUACGACGAACCUCUUUCACACUUGAUAUAUGCAGCAGCGGAUUUGAUUCUUGUCCCCUCAAUAUUUGAACCAUGUGGCCUAACCCAGCUUGUUGCUAUGCGAUAUGGUUCAAUACCAGUUGUUCGCAAAACUGGAGGACUUUACGAUACUGUAUUUGACGUUGACCAUGACGUAGAGAGAGCAAAAGCACAAGGUUUGGAACCAAAUGGAUUCAAUUUUGAAGGAGCUGAUUCUGCUGGUGUAGAUUAUGCUCUUGAUAGGGCAAUAUCAUCAUGGUAUGACGCGAAGGAAUGGUUUAACACAUUGCGCAAGCGUGUGAUGGAACAAGACUGGUCUUGGAAUCGGCCAGCACUAGAGUAUAUGGAACUUUAUCACGCAGCACGCAAGGACUGAGCGAGGACUUUGGGCUCGGGCUCAGGUUCAGGCUUUGGGUUUAGGGAAAAAGGGGUGGGUUUAGGACACAUAUAGACCCUCUACAGAUUGUACAGGUUUUCAGUUAUAUUUUGCUUAUAGUAAAAGUACUCAGCAUUGCUUCGUAGAAGUAUCAGUAGUCAAUAAUAAUAAUUAUAAUAUAAUAAUGUGAAGUUAGCAGAGUGCUAGGAUACCCUUUACUCCUUUAGCAUAGCAAUAGCAUAUGGAACGGUAAAUUAUAUACGUAGCUAUUUUACUGUUUUGUCAUAUACUCAUGAAUAAAAUGAUUCAUUCUUUUGUUAGAAA